UAACUUGGCACCCUGGGCCAUCUUACUGGCAUGAUGUAUCCGUCUCAUUUACAGGUACUUGGUAGGUGAGAACACCCCCAGUGUCUUACAACUCGACCAGGAUGUAUGGUCACAUUUCUCAACAACAGCAUAUAGGGUCAAGAAGAUUCUUCCCAUUAAGGAGGAUUAGCACUGCCUUUGUUUUGGUUCUUCUUCUUAACUCAUAUCUUCCGGUCUCACAUGCCCAAGUUGCGCGUACUUUGAUAGCCUCAACAGCCUUUGCUUUGAUAGCAUCCAAUGCUGCCGGAGUGACACAAUUGACGACUUCUGAACUGGUUUCAAUAGCAGUUGGCGCGGCCAUCAUUCUUGGGCAAUCGACGAGGGAAGAUCCACCCAACCAGUGUGCUCUCUCUGGUUAUCCGAGAUACACCUAUGAAGCCAGUCUCUCUCUCUGCUACAGGACUGUAGCAUCACCACUCAGUGUUACCGCAGCGGAAGCUGCGUGCGCAGCAGACGGAACUAACUCCCAAUUGUUACGUGUAUCCAGCGUCGAGGUUUUUAAUUUCCUAGUUCAACAAAAACAACAGAAUAGUGGUAUUUCUUCCUUUUACAUCCAAGGUAAAAGAAUAAACAGUUGGAGUCCUUACCUCUACAACGAUGGCACAACAAUAACCUACUUCAAUUGGUCACCAGGACAACCAAUUGGUGGCGGGCUCUACCUCGCGACAGCCAGCGCCGACACCCGGAUGCAGGCGGACGACGGAACAUCUCCGCGCUCCUAUGUCUGCGCCGUUUAUCCUCCAACAUCCCUUCCAGCGAGAUGAAUACUUAAUCAAUUACACUAAUAUAUGUCUAAUCGAUUACUUUAUAAUAUGUAAUCGAUUAAUUAUCGAUCCCUUUUUUUCACUAAAAUGUGAAAGACACCUCUUCUGAACAUCUUGUAUAAACUCUUCAAGUUGAUUUGGAUUUAGGUUUAAAGGGGUAUUUACAUUAUGAAUGAUAUAAAAAAUUUAAGACUUCACAUUUCAUUCUUAUUAGUCUAAAGGAUACCAUUUCAUAGUUUUAACUAUAUGUACUUAAAUUCAAACUCAAAACAAAUAAGCCAAAAUAGAGAGUCUUAGACCAGUCUAAGAGGGUUUUUUUCCAGUCUUUUAAAGUAUGUAAACGAGUUUUUUUGUAGGAAGUUUACGAGUUUGGGUGAAAUCUUGACCUUGCAACAAUAACCGUCAUAAUUAUUCUGUUGUUCUUGACCUUUUGAAUAAAAUCUGAUAAUUAAAAUAUUGGCAAAAAGCCUUGCUUCAUGACUUGAAUAAAAUGGUAUUUAGAACUUGUAAUUGUUCUAAUUUAAUAGAUCCCGAUUGGGACUAGUUAUCAAAAUAAUAAAUGGUCAUACCUCAUUAACUGCAUCGUG